AGCUUUGGAAGCGGUUUCAAUUUUAACAUUGCAGAUUGAAGUUAUUGAAAGUCAAAGAAUGAAAAUGAGAUUUAUCGUUGUUUUGAGCAUUUUGGUCUUGACUUUGGCGUUUAUAUUGGCACAUCCAAACAAACGUCAAAAUAAAGCUACAAGUAGUCGUUUAAUAACAAUGCCACUUGCAACAUUUUUUCCAUCACGAAACUCUACAAGUGGCGUGAUUCAUAUGAUUCAAUCCGAUAUUCAUCCAGCGAACAUGCAUCCAGCUAUACACGAAUUUAAAGGAUCGACUUGGAUGGAGAGGUGUUGUGGUCUGAAGGGAGACUAUCCAUCAUUAAUGCAACAAAUCAAAGACACUGAAAUAAAAUUCAGUUUCAACUGUAUAGAUAUGUCGAAAAGAUUCUAUGAGAUAUGCUGCAGUGAUCUAAAAGAAAUUAUUGCUUUCGUAAAUGAUUUAUUUCAAGGAAUUGAAAACGAUAUUGACGAUCAUCUGUAUAUACGGGACGACACUUACGCUGAAGACAUUAAAGACAUUCACAAAUAUGGGGAUGAAUUAAAACAAAUACAUGAUAGCAUGAAAACAUCACAGUAUACAAAACAUAUGAUCGAGAAAAUAUGUGUUGAUAUGCACACAAAUGUGUGGCUUAUGGCAUCUGCACUGGGUGAAAAUGUUCCACUGGAAAUGAUGGGCCAACUAGUUUUAAACGCAGAACCCGCACAAUGAUUUUUAUAACAUACAUUGAUAGAUAAUCAGUUAUCAUAUAUGUGGACGUUCACAAAAAAUCUUUAUUUAAUUUUUUUUAAUUGUCAAUGCUUAGUUUGAGCGGAUAUUUAGAAUUUGAAUGUCAAUAUAAUUUAAUCACUGUACGAACCAAUUUCUGAAGUUGAAAAUACGAGGAUUUCGGAAAUCUAUAUUUUUAAUAAAAAAAAUUAUUGACUUGAAUAAACGAUAAUUGAAGAAUAUA